CACUCUAGCAGGCUUCACGUAGUAGUUGUCCUGGAGCACCGAGCGCUCACGUCGCUCUCUCUACUACAUCGCACCACUGCGGUAGGAGCGGGGAAAGCAGGCAGCAGCAGCUGAGGGGCAGCCGGCAGGCACACAUCACUUGUUCCUGUGUGGAAAGGAAGAGAAAAAAAAAAGACAACAUCAAGGAGGCGAGUGCGUCUCUGUACCGACUUUAUCUCAAAAGGAGGACUUUACCUGAGAGGACAUACAACAGCACCCCCACUAAUCCAGCGAGAGCGAGGGAGGGAGAACUUCUGGCUUAUCGCUCCGUGAUUUUUUAAUUUUUUAUUUCAACCACAUCUGCGUAACCUUGGAAGUCUGAGCUGUUUAUUGUGAGAGAGGAUGGGACCGCUACUCCUUUCCCUCGCGCUGUGUCUGAGCGCUGCCGUCCCGCAGCACGCGAGAGCAGCAGAUGGUGAGGAACCAACUUCAGCAGGCCCUUGCCAUCCAAACCCCUGCCACAACAGAGGAACAUGUGAGAUCAGUGAGACCUACAGGGGCGACACCUUCAUUGGUUAUGUCUGCAAGUGUCCGCGCUUCAGUGGAGUCCACUGCCAGCACAAUAUUAAUGAAUGCGAAAGGGACCCAUGCAAGAACGGGGGUAUUUGCACAGAUCUGGUUGCCAACUAUUCCUGUGACUGCCCAGGAGAGUACAUGGGGAGGAACUGUCAAUACAAGUGCUCCGGACCACUGGGUAUGGAGGGCGGCAUAAUCUCCAACCAACAGAUAACAGCCUCUUCCACCCACCGUGCUCUCUUCGGCUUGCAGAAGUGGUACCCGUACUUUGCACGCCUCAACAGGAAGGGUCUGGUCAACGCCUGGACUGCUGCCGAAAAUGACAGAUGGCCUUGGAUCCAGAUAAACCUGCAGAGGAGGAUGAGGGUCACAGGGCUAAUUACCCAGGGUGCAAAGCGUAUUGGCAGCCCGGAGUACGUGAAGUCUUACAAAGUAGCCUACAGUGAUGAUGGGAAGACCUGGAGGACGUACAAAGUCAAGGGCAAAGAUGAGGAUAUGAUUUUCAGAGGAAACGUCGAUAACAACGCUCCAUCAGCCAACUCCUUCACCCCUCCCAUUGAAGCCCAGUACGUGCGCAUUUACCCACAAGUCUGCAGAAGGCACUGUACCCUACGCAUGGAGCUGCUGGGAUGUGAGCUAACAGGCUGCUCUGAACCACUUGGAAUGAAGUCGGGCCAUGUCCAGGACUACCAGGUCACGGCCUCCAGCAUCUUCAGGACUCUCAACAUGGACAUGUUCACCUGGGAGCCGGGCAAGGCCCGUUUGGACAAACAGGGCAAGGUCAACGCCUGGACAGCUGGACGCAGCGACCAGUCACAGUGGCUACAGGUGGACUUGCUUGUGCCUACAAAGGUCACUGGUGUCAUCACCCAGGGAGCUAAAGACUUUGGCCACGUUCAGUUUGUCGGCUCAUACAAAGUGGCGUACAGUAACGAUGGGGAGCGGUGGAAAGUAUAUCAAGAUGAGAAACAAGGAAAGGAUAAGGUUUUCCAGGGGAACUUUGACAACGACACACACAGAAAGAAUGUGAUAGAUCCCCCCAUCUACGCUCGGCUCAUCAGGAUCCUCCCCUGGUCAUGGUACGGCAGGAUCACUUUGCGUGUAGAGAUACUGGGAUGCACAGAAGAAGAGUGAAGACCCUUUUCCUCCAUCUUUUUUCCGCCAUUGUCCCCUGUCCCUUGGCAUACUGGAUAAUCUCAUCCAGUAUUUCAAAAAUAAACUGUGCAACCUGUAAAAAGAAAUAAAUUUCCAAUGGAUUUUUCAAGAAUACGUGUUUGGUUGUGGUGGGUUGCUGUUUGUUCUUUUUGUACAAUGAUUUCGAACCUGCCCCUGAUUCACUUUUGUCUUUGAGUUUCCUCUUUAAAGCGUGAUCUUUGUCUUUUUAUUCUUCUCAAGAGUCACCAUCCUGUUUGGAAUGAACUUCUGUAAAAUAUAAGGGACGGGGGUGGAGUUGGGGUUGGAGUUGGAAAAGCGGGUCAUGCUGUGGUUUUAACUUGUUGCCAGGGAAGCUAUUGUACAGUGUCACUUUUUAACAGAGAUGUGAAAUCUGUCUGCCGUGCUUCAUUGGACAUGAACAACCAACUCCAUUCAUGAUAAUCUGUCUAAAACUCCAUGUAUGAUCACAUGUUAACACAUUAUCAAAUAUAUAUUUUACUUUGGUUACAACGCUUCUUCAAGCCAUGCUUUACCUUAAUGGACACUGGCAUUACUACAUCAACCCAAACACACUAUUGAUGCUCUUGUAUAUUAUGUAAAAGACUAAGAAAUUGCAUGGUGCGUGAAUUAUACAUGUAUAUUAUGACAAAUCAUUUAAAACCUCCAGCCCUGAGAGCAACGGCUUUGAUUUAGGGACCUAUUUUUAUGUGCAUUUUUAAACAUUUCUGAAACAUUAAUACACACUGCAAAAGCUUACCUAGGAUGACUGAUACGUGCGACAAUAAACACUGCAGUAACAUGUGGGACUGCAGCACCGACACUGAGGCUUAUAGGCUGUCUCUAGAUGAAAUGUUGUAGUGCUUUCAUAAAGAGUUUCCAUUUUUUAUUGUUUUUUAAUCUUUAUGCUUCACUUUUUCUAAGAUAUUUGGAAUCAUUGUUUGUGCUUUAUAUUUUUUGUAUUUAUUUAGAUUUAUUUGUCUCAGCUGUCAGAUGCAGAAAAUCCUUGUUUAAUGUCUUUGUGUUGUCUCAGAGAUCUAAGUUGAAUCAAUUAAAAAGCUCAGGAUAGAUGUCAAUCACAAGAACCCACAAAUGUAUAACUUUUGGCCACAUAUAUAAAGACUUUCUGUCUAAUAUUAUUUAAAUAAUGUCAAAUAAGUGUGAUUGAUUAUUUAUAUAAUUUCCACAUAUGCAUAAUUAAAAUAUCGAAAGCCGUCUUUUAUUAUCUUGAAAUAAAUACUGUUAAUUAAUUUAUUUGUUUUCAAAAGAGAGCUAAUUUCCAAGAUUGAAACAUAUAAACUUAUGUCAUUAUCUAAAAUGUAUAAUAAUUAGGAUCUAUAGUAUCAGUACAGAGCUCUACAUCCAAUACAGGCAGUGACUUAUUUCAGGGAAUCUGAUCUUUAUUGUUAUGAAGCAAAUCAACAUUAAACAGCUGCUGUGUACCUUCACAUGAAAUGACAGCAUCAUUAUGCAUGUUUAAAUGGUUUCAGGGUGCUAAAAAUAUUUAGACACAUUAAGGUUACAGGGGACAGCGACACUGUCACACCAACCCCCUCAAACUACUCUGUAUAUGAAAUUUCCACUGUAUGAGUUCUAUUGUAUCCUGCAGUAAAUAAACAGUGAUGCCUGUCUGGUUAAAUAAAUGGAAGCAAACAAAUACCUGAGGUAUCACAGCAGAGUGAGAACUUCUACACAGCUUAAAAAAGGCUGGGAUUACUUCAGUGCUUUCCACUCUUGACUAGUUUUCCCAAAGCUCUCCAGCGCUACAAUAAGAGCUUAGGGGGGCCACGUCUACUUGUAUGCUUUGUGUUUCACUUGAACCAUGUCAGUUUUUAGUCACUAAAAUAACAAGUGAUUUUGUGUUGUCAAAUAUAAGGUAUUUUUUGUGAGGUAGUACCCCAGUCUGAAACAGAAAGUAAGACAUUCACAAACCUUGAUUUCUUUAAAUGCCUUUCUGACUAAUUUUAAUUGCCAUAAUUUGAUUGGAAAUACAAAAGUGCCACUUUUAUUUUCACUGCCACAUAAAUCUGCUUUGUAUUCAAGUUUUUAGGUUAAUUCUACAUAUAAAGCACAGCAUGAAAAUUACAGAUUAUCUGCAGUUUCUGUUUCGAAGCUGACUUCUAAAUGUGUGUCAGGAACAUUUAUUUCAUUUCUAUGACAAUAAUUGGAGCAAAUAGCAAAUUGUAUUCCACUUUGGUGGAUUGUAUUAUGAAACAGCAUACAAUAUUUAUAACAGCCCUAAUGUGUUCAAAGAUAAAGACAUCUUUUACUCCUCUUAUGUUGCCAAACCAUCUGUGCUUCAGAAUUAGUUACCCUGCAAUAAUUUGACGUAAAAUACUGAAAUGUGACAGUUUGUUUUUAGUGUGAAUCUGUCAUUCUCUAGGUUCAUGGACACAGGAUAAACAUCAACAGACUAUUUCUCUCAUAUUGAUUGUCUUGAACAUUUUCCAUGUUGACUAUUGUUCAUGCCAAAUAACAAUAUCAUGGCCAGCAUCUGUUUGGGUUGGUCUUUGUAGUCAGCUUCCUGUCAGCAGGCUGCUGCAAAGCUUAGAGGCAGUUGCAUGAUGUAUGACUUUGAACAGUAACGAAUAACAAAGAUGUCCACAGGCACAUUAUGUUGUUGCAUAUCAUGAGGAUCUGAUAGCCUUUACUUUGUACUCACCAUCGAUUGUCUUGUGCAUUGUAAAAGUCCAUCUCACAGGUUUGAAACGGGAGCAAAAGUGGAAACUCAUCUUGUCUUUGUACUUCUGUGUGUGCUGUUCACAUAUCAUUUCUUACCUCCUCACUCUGAGUGUCAAUCACUAUGUAGAAAACGUACCUAUAAUAAGGCUGUUUAGGUUCAAGCCUGCAGAGGAGAGUGAGAAACUGUGUACACUCAAAAAAAAAGAUGUUGCUUCAAACAAAAGCUCUUUCAGUUUGACAAAUAAAAACAUAUCUGUGAAAAUGAA